AUGUACAAGUUGUUAUUUUUCACGAUUUUUGGUUUAGUGGCACUACUUUUUAUUUCAGUGGCUUCACCAAUCACUAAAGAAAAAGAAGAUGUGAGAAUAGUAGGUGGUGAAGACAUAGACAUCACAGCAGCUCCAUAUCAAGUGUCAAUAGUCUACGCUGGUAGACAUUCAUGCGGAGGUUCCAUUAUUGCAGAUGAUCUCAUUCUGACCGCUGCACAUUGUGUUACAUCUUUCAGCUAUAGGCCAACUGAUUACGUGAUUCGCGUUGGAUCGUCAUCAUCAAGGUCAGGAGGUGAACUCUACAGAGUGGGUGCUUUACAAGUGCAUCAAAAGUUUUCAUCAUCAAAUAUGGAUAACGAUAUUGCCUUACUAUGGCUUUCGAGACGUAUCAAGUUUAAUGAGCGUGUAGCUCCUAUUGUAUUAGUUGAUGAAGAUGAAGAAAUACUUGAUGGCGAUACUACAAUGGUCACAGGAUGGGGAAAUCUUAAGGAAGGAGGAGGUAACCCAUCGACCUUGCAAAUGGUACUACUACCGAUUGUCAAUCCAACACAAUGCAAAGAUGCCUACAGCAAGCAGUACGCGAUAACACCAAGAAUGAUAUGCGCAGGUCUACCUGACGGAGGCAAAGAUUCUUGCCAGGGUGACAGUGGAGGACCUCUAGCUUAUAACGGAAGAUUAGCGGGAAUAGUGUCCUGGGGACUUGGAUGUGCACGACCUAACUAUCCUGGAGUGUAUACCAAAGUGUCAGCUCUAAGAAGAUGGGUAGACGAGACAAGUUACUACUUGAGAGCGAUCUCCACCAUGAAUCUGACAUCCAGUGUCUUCAGUGCUUUAAUAUCCACCAUGUAUAGUCUACUAUUUGUUUUAACCAUUAUUGGUCUAGCGACAUCGCUACCCACAAAAUCAAAGGAAGAUAUUAGAAUAGUUGGUGGAGAAGAUAUUGAUAUAACUUUAGCUCCAUAUCAAGUAUCGUUAUUAAGAAGAGGUCGUCAUACAUGCGGUGGAGCCAUCAUUGCGAAUGACCUCAUUGUUACAGCCGCCCAUUGUGUUACUGGUUCAAACGCUCGCGACUAUUCAGUUCGUGUUGGUUCAUCGUCAAGUCAAUCAGGUGGUCAAGUGAUACCAGUUAGUGAUCUAGCAUGGCAUCGCAACUUCACGUAUUCCAAGAUGGAUUGUGAUGUUGCUUUAGUGAGACUGUCAGUACCAUUGGUAUUUAGCGACAGUAUUGCACCUAUUGACAUGCUACAAAUUAAUGAAGAGAUACCUGACGGAGAUAUUACUAUGGUUACUGGAUGGGGAAACCUUCGGGAAACUGGUGGAUAUCCCAGACAGCUACAAAUGGUGUUAGUACCGACAGUAAAUACCGCCAUGUGUGACAUAGCGUAUUCACCGUCCUACACUGUCACGUCUACGAUGAUCUGCGCUGGUGUACCAGAAGGCGGCAAGGAUGCUUGUCAGGGUGACAGUGGUGGUCCAUUGGUGCACAAUGGUCGUCUUGCAGGAAUCGUAUCCUGGGGUUUGGGCUGCGCUCGACCAAACUAUCCCGGAGUUUAUGCAAAAGUUGCGGCAUUGAGAGACUGGAUCGACCAAAACAGUGAAAUAUUGCGCCAGAAAUAUGUUUUAAGAGCGUUUUAGGUUAAGC